GAAUAACAAUUAUUUUCCUGAUUCUCCAUUACCCAAAUAUGUUAAAAGUCGCCCAUUAAACUCAUCCAAGUUCACACUCAACCGUUGAGAUUGGCCCUCCAUUUUGCAGUAUAAGUACAUGCCACCACAUAACACAUUCUUCAUAUAGAGCUAGAGUUAUAUAACAAUAACAUCUCUUCCUUCCUAAGAGUACUCGAUCGAAACAAGUAGCAAAUUAACAACCAAUUGACCAUGUCUAAAGCCAAUAAUACCAGUUUUUUCUUCAUUAUACUUCUCCUCUGUUUUGCCCUGUCCUAUGCUUCUCGCCCCGACCCAGCUUUCCACGAGGCCACCCUCAACCUCAACAACAUUGAUCAACACCAGGAUCAUGUUGUGGAAUCAAAACAAAUUGCAAAAGAAGAGAGCUGCAACGGAGGCCAGGAUGAAGAAUGUUUAGAAAGAAGGAAUUUGGCUGCUCACCUUGACUAUAUCUAUACCCAAAAUCAGAACCCUUAGAAGUAUUCCAAUCUAAUUAAGGGACCUAGUUUGCCAUUUGGUAUAUUGAAAGUAGACGACACAGUUAUAUAUCUAUCACACAUUAAUAUGCCUUACUGUACAUUAUUAAAAUGUAAUCGCAUACAAAUCUUCAUCUUCUUCUUCCGUCUUAGAUGGUACUCUCUCUGUUUUGCCUUAUAUAUGCAACGAGCUGUGCUUUAAAUUCUA